UAACUUUUUCCUUUUCCUAUUAGAUGUUCAUUAUCUUUCUGAAGUAGAAUCUCCAUGGCCUGAACAUUUUCUGGAAAUCAUUUUGAGCAAAAUAUCUGUUUACUAAAAGAUAACCACAUCAAGAUGGUUGGAAAACUGAAGCAGAACUUACUAUUGGCAUGUCUGGUGAUUAGUUCUGUGACUGUGUUUUACCUGGGCCAACAUGCCAUGGAAUGCCAUCACCGGAUAGAGGAACGCAGCCAGCCCCUCAGGCUGGAGAGCACAAGGAGCACCGUGCGAACUGGCCUGGAUGUAAAAGCCAACAAAACCUUUGCCUAUCACAAGGAUAUGCCUUUAAUUUUUAUUGGCGGUGUGCCGCGGAGUGGAACCACGCUCAUGAGGGCCAUGUUAGAUGCACAUCCUGAUGUCCGCUGUGGGGAGGAAACCAGGGUCAUUCCCCGAAUCCUGGCCCUGAAACAGAUGUGGUCACGGUCGAGUAAAGAGAAAAUACGCCUGGAUGAGGCUGGUGUCACCGAUGAGGUGCUGGACUCCGCCAUGCAGGCCUUCUUACUAGAGAUCAUCGUCAAGCAUGGGGAGCCAGCCCCUUACUUAUGUAAUAAAGACCCCUUUGCCCUGAAAUCCUUAACGUACCUUGCUAGGUUAUUUCCCAAUGCCAAAUUUCUCCUGAUGGUCCGAGAUGGCCGGGCAUCAGUGCACUCAAUGAUUUCUCGAAAAGUUACUAUAGCUGGGUUUGACCUGAACAGCUACAGGGACUGUUUGACCAAGUGGAAUCGUGCCAUAGAGACCAUGUAUAACCAGUGUAUGGAGGUUGGCUAUAAAAAAUGCAUGUUAGUUCACUAUGAACAACUUGUCUUACAUCCUGAGCGGUGGAUGAGAACACUCUUAAAGUUCCUCCAUAUUCCGUGGAACCACUCAGUGUUACACCAUGAAGAGAUGAUUGGGAAAGCUGGGGGAGUAUCUCUGUCAAAAGUGGAGAGAUCAACAGACCAAGUCAUCAAGCCAGUUAAUGUGGGAGCUCUAUCCAAAUGGGUUGGGAAGAUACCUCCAGAUGUUUUACAAGACAUGGCGGCAAUCGCACCUAUGCUUGCCAAACUUGGAUAUGACCCAUAUGCCAAUCCACCUAACUAUGGAAAACCUGAUCCCAAAAUCCUUGAAAACACUAGGAGGGUCUAUAAAGGAGAAUUUCAGCUACCUGAAUUUCUUAAAGAAAAACCUCAGACUGAGCAAAUGGAGUAGCAGAGCCAGGAACCUCUUACAGACAUGAGGGAAGACAGAAGGGAAUUUCCAGGACUGGCUGUCCCCACCUGAGAUCCAUGGAGUGUGUGUACCAUGGUCCCAUCUCCCGUUCAUCUGCCAGGCUCCUCCCCUGAGGGUGGCAUGUCAGCAUACGUCUGGGCCUUCCUGAGUGGUCUAUUUCCUGAGGACAGCGCUCUCUAUUCUAAUUGCAUCCACAACCAGAUAAGAAGCCCAGCAGGGACAACUGCCCUGAUCCUUAUCUGUUCUUACCAGAUUCCAAACUUUGUUUUCAAGGGGAGGGUUUAAAAAUGGGAUUCUAAGUAAAAUUUGGCAGUUUCAUGUUGGAAUAGACUGUCUGUACAUGUUCUAAUGUUUUUUAGAACACUUGUACCUGUUUAAAUGUAUUGAUGUGGAUAAUACUAAAUAUCUUAAUUAUUUAAAUAAUUCAUUGUAUCAUUUCUGAGAAGCUGAGGAAUUACCGUAUACAUUUACAACUUAAUGAGUUUUGUAUUUUAUUUUUCAAAAUAAAAGCUUUAAAUGUGAAGCAUCUGGUA